AUGGAAGACAAUAACAAUUCCGAACCAGUAGAAAAAGAGGAAAUAAAAUCGCAAGACUUAGAAGAAGAUCAAAUUCCGGCAACCGAAACUAAUCAAAAUGAAGAAACUGAUCCUAAUUUAAUUAAAAAAGAGGAGGAAGUUGAGACCGAAACUGUAACUGAGACUAAAAACGAAGAACCUAAAGAAGACCUUUCAAUUACUCCCGAGCAAGUAAAAGCCCAUGCUGAUGAAAUUGUUCAAGAAACCGAGGAAAUUAAUGAGAAAGUAGAAACAAACAUUGAAAAUAAAGAAGAAACUCAAAAAAGCGAGGUUGAACAAGUUGAACAAAAAGAGGAUAAUAAAAGCGAGGAAAACAAAGAAGAAGAAAUUGCAGAAACAAAAGCGGAAGUUUCAGAACCGCAAGAACCUCAAUUGGGGAUAACAGAGGAUGCUAAUCGAAAAGCGGUUGUUCAAGAGGUUAAAAGACUGAGUGAAUUAUUCGCUACCGAACAUGACCGAAAAAUAAAAAUUUACUUUGCUACUGAAACAGCACCCCAAGACAAAUUAGGCGACAAAGAAAAUUGGGAAUUGUUAUUAAAACCUUCUACCUUUCCAUCUGAGAGUCUAGCAAUAAAGGAAAUGUUUAAUAUAUCUUUCCCUAGUUCAGAAACCGAAACCGAAUUAUUAGAUAUUUCAAAUGCAGUUAAUGAAGAACAACUUGCUAAAUCGGCAAUUAAACUUAUGAUUGACUAUGAUCUUGCUAGUGAUAAAGAAUAUGCUAUUCAAGUAAGUUAUCAUUCUGAAAGUCCAUUCAGAAAACAAUUAGAAAAGUUGGUAGUUACUACCCCUUUAGAAUUAGAAAUAGAAACUUUAAGAGAAGUUAAAAUCAGUCCCAAAGACUUUGCUAAACUAACAAAGCAAAAGAAGGGAUUGGAAAACUCUCUUCGUGAUUCAGUUAAAAAAGAAACAAUUGCUGUAGCCGGAACUCUAACCGGUGAUUUAAUUGUUGAGAAUUAUGUUCAGUUAGAAGAAUUGGAUUUAUCCGAACAUGAAUUAACUUCUUUAACUAUUAUCAAUUGCCCUGAAUUAAGAAAAAUAAAUGCUCGCAAUAAUCAAAUUACUCAGUUAGAUAUUAAUCGAACUAAACUUAAUGAAGAAAAUGAACCAAUUAAUAAUAAA